AUGGAUAUGGUGUUAGGAUCAUCAUCGUCAUCGUCAUCAUCGUUGUCGUCGCCGUGGUCGUCAUCAUCAUGGUCGUCAUCAUCAUCAUUUUCCAUUUCUGAAUAUAUUUAUGACGUUUUUCUAAGUUUUCGAGGUGAAGAUACUCGCAAGACAUUCAUUGAUCAUCUCUGUACAGCCUUGAAGCAAGCUGGAAUCCGUAUUUUUCAAGAUGAUGAUGUCAUGGAAAGAGGAAGACUGCUGAAGCCGGAGCUAGAGAAAGCCAUCCACCAGUCUCAAGUUUCACUCAUUGUCUUCUCGAAAGAAUAUGCAACCUCCAAGUGGUGUCUUGAUGAGACUAUGAUGAUUAUGGAAGAAUAUGAUCUGAGGUCUUCCACUGAUAAGCGUGAAGUCAUACCCUUGUUUUACAACAUUGACCCAACUGAUGUUCGAUUUCAAACUGGUUGCUUCGAGGACGCAUUCAAGGGUUAUGAUGAUGAGGUAACAAAGGAAGUAGAUGUUCAAAAGAGGAAUGAAUUGUCGGAGAAGGUGGAAGCAUGGAGGACUUACCUUAAAAAAGCUGGAUCCCUCACAGGAAUGACAUUUAAGGAUGGGUAA